CCAAUUCCCAGUUCUAUCCCAAGUCGCCAACAAAAAAAAUUAAUUCAACAUCCAGCACCCAAAAUCUAAGGCAACAAAAUGACUGGUGGCAAAUCUGGCGGUAAAGCAAGCGGCUCCAAGAGCUCUCAAUCGCGUUCAUCAAAAGCGGGUCUCGCGUUUCCAGUCGGCCGUGUUCAUCGUCUUCUUCGAAAAGGCAAUUAUGCUCAACGUGUCGGUGCUGGCGCGCCCGUUUAUUUAGCCGCUGUAUUGGAGUAUCUUGCUGCAGAGAUUCUCGAAUUAGCUGGAAAUGCGGCCAGAGAUAACAAGAAAACGCGUAUUAUCCCGCGCCACCUGCAACUUGCUAUCCGCAAUGAUGAAGAGUUGAACAAGCUCUUGGGUCAUGUUACAAUUGCUCAAGGAGGCGUUAUGCCGUAUAUCCAUCAAAACCUUCUCCCCAAGAAAACGCCAAAGACCGGUAAAAAUCCAAGCCAAGAACUUUAAGUGGUUUUGUUUUGUUUUGUGAUUUUUCAUCUGGCGUCGACAUGCGGUAUCAAUUCGGGCGAGGCUAUGGGGUUACGGUUGGUUGAUAUGGUGUUUUCGUUUUAAUGGUUAUGUGUACAUUAUGUCUAAGAUGGACUUGUCAAUGAUGCCGCGAUCAUCUCCGUCUUUGCUCAGUUGCGAAGGAAUCGGAAAUUCUACAAUGGAUGACUUUUUGUUCUCACUGCUGAGCGGAGAGCCAUCCAAAGAACUCAGCACGGACGUGCUGCUGUUGUCAUAAACAUUCACUGGAUCGUAGCAUUUUAAAAUAAGUCAAUUGCUUAUAUCUCUUUCCAUUCUCGCUGAAAGCUUAUUGAUACUUUGGAAAUGAUCAUUUCAAAGAGGAAACAUGAAAGUUCGCCCGGGACAGAGA